AUGAAUAAUAAUAAUUCUUUUACCAAAAAUUUAUCUAAAAUUAAAAAAUUAUCUAAAAUUGAAACUUUAUCUAAGGUUGAAGAUUUAUCUAAAAUUGAAGAUUUAUCUAAAAUCGAACAACUUCUUUCCGAACAACUAACUGGAAAAGAACGUAGAAAAUACAAUGAAAAGAGGAUAUAUGAAUUAGGUGCCAAGCCUCAAAAAGGUGUUAAAAUUCCAACACCCAUUGCGUUAGGAAUGCAAGCUAAACGUCUUGAACGUGAAAAUAAAAAACUUCAGGAGGCAAAGAACCUAGGGCUAUAUCAUCACUCGAUAAAACAUAAUUGGGCUGGUUCCACAUUUUCACUUUCUAAAAAAAAUAAAAGAAAUUAUCGAGAUAAAGGGAUUAAAAUUGGGAUUGGUAAAGUCAAAGGUGGUAUGCUAACCUUGAGUUCUAACGAUAUUAAGAAAGUUCAGAAUAGUAAUAGAAUCAAAAAACGAAGUAAAAAGAAGCGCAAGUGA